AUGGCUAUCCUUUCUCGCUUGUUCCUAAUUGCCACUUUGGCUCUCGCCACCAGCGCCCAAUUCACCGAAACUUAUCCUGAAGAUGGCGUCGUUCCUACUCCCAAGAAGGAAUGGAUGGAUAUUAUCGCUAAAGCCAACAUCAGCAAAGCUCCUAUUCGCAAGAGCAACGGUGACGAUGGUCCUCAACCCUCUGGUGGUGAAGAUGAAUUCUGCUGGUGGACCAACGACUUGUGUAUGCGUGACAAUGACAUCUCCACUUGCCCUGAUGGUAAAUGGGGUUUGACCUAUGAUGAUGGUCCCACCGAAUUCAGCCCAGCUUUGUAUGACUUUUUGGAUCAAAAGAAGCAAAAGGCUACCUUCUUCAUGAUUGGUGGUCAAGUCGUCAAGUUCCGUGAUCAUGCUAAGCGUGCCUUUGAUGCUGGUCAUGAACUUGCUGGUCAUACCUGGUCGCAUAGCUACCUUACCACUUUGACCAACGAGCAAAUUGUGGGUGAAUUGAUGUGGACUGCUCGUGCCAUUGAAGAAGUCACUGGCAAGAAGCCUCGUUACUUCCGCCCUCCUUAUGGUGACAUUGAUGACCGUGUGCGUGACAUUGCCUCUGCUCUUGGUUUCACUGCCGUCAUUUGGGAUCACGACACCGAUGACUGGAGAAUGAAUGAAGAAGCUGGUUUCAAGGCUGAAUGGAUUGCCGGCAAUGCCACUGAAUGGGCCGCCAACUCCAAGAGUGGUAUCUCCCUUGAACACGAUCUUUACAAGGAGACUGUGGAUGCUGCCAUCAAGAUCUACCCCACUCUUAAGGGUGCUUUCGAUGUUCAACCCGUUGGUGUGUGCACUGGCCAAAACCCUUACCAAGGUGGUAAUGAUACUACUACUCCUCCUGCUGCUUCCUCUGCUGCUGCCAGCUCUUCUGCUGUUGCCUCUUCUUCCAGUGCUGUUGCCUCUGGCACUUCCCCUGCUUCUUCAGGUGCCAACCCAACCUCUUCUUCUGAGAGCGAUGCCUCCAAGGAUUCCAGCAAGGAUGGCAAGGAAGCCGAUACCGAAGAAGGCUCUGCUUCUCGUAUGGCUGCAGCUUCCGCUGGUUUGGUGCUUACCGCCGCUUUGUCGUACAUCAUUGCUUAA